AUGGCGUUCUCAGAGCUCUUGGAGCGAGCUGGGGGCGUGGGCCUCUUCCAGGCCCUGCAGGUCUUCACUCUCCUCCUCCCCUCCGUCUUGAUACCCACCCAAAUGCUUCUGGAGAACUUCUCGGCUGCCGUGCCUGGCCACCGCUGCUGGGAGCAGGUGCUGGACAAUAGCUCCGAAGUCCUUGCAAACCUUACCCCUGAGGCCCUCCUGGCCAUCUCCAUCCCACCAGGCCCCAACCAGGGGCCCCACCAGUGUCGCCGCUUCCGCCAACCUCAGUGGCAGCUCCUGGACCCCAAUGCCACAGCCACCAACUGGAGCGAGGCUGCCACGGAGCCGUGCCUGGAUGGCUGGGUCUAUGACCGCAGCACCUUCACCUCCACUGUUGUGGCCGAGUGGGACCUGGUGUGUGGCUCCGAGGGCCUGAAGCCCAUGGGCCAGUCCAUUUUCAUGGCCGGGAUCCUGGUGGGAGCCUUUGUCUGGGGCCUUCUCUCCAACUGGUUCGGGCGGAAGCGGAUGCUGAGCUGGUGCUGCCUGCAGGUGGCCGUGGUCGGCACCAGCACCAUCUUGGCCCCGAAUUUCCUCAUCUACUGUGGGCUCCGGUUUCUGAGCGCUUUUGCAUUGGCUGGCAUCAUCCUCAGCUCGACAACUCUGAUGGUGGAGUGGACCACAACCCCCGGGAGGGCUGUCACCAUGACAAUCCAGGGAUGUACGUACAGCAUAGGCCAGACGGCGCUGGCUGGCCUGGCCUUCGCCCUGCGGGACUGGCGAGACCUCCAGCUGGCCGUGUCGGUGCCCUUCUUUGCAGUCUCCCUAAUAUCCUGGUGGCUGCCAGAAUCUGCCCGAUGGCUGAUUAUCGUGGGCAAACCAGACCAAGCACUUCAGGAACUCAAAAAGGUGGCCAGGAUCAAUGGCCACAAGGAAGCCAAAAAGACACUGACCACAGAGGUGCUGAUGUCCAGCAUGGAGGGGGAGGUGGCCUCUGCAAAAGCCCACCAGUCAGUGCUGGACCUGUUCCGUGUGCCCGUGCUGCGCUGGAGGAGCUGGGCCAUGCUGGUGGUAAAGUACGCCAUCCUGGCACCCCUCCCAGAGACGGGGCUGGGACAGCGGGGAGCGGGGAAAGCAGCAGCUGGGGGCCUCGG